AUGGAGUAUGAAGCAAGGGAAUUAGAGAAAAAGGCAGAGCAACUAAAUAAAAAAGGUUUUCUAUCGUCUUUUUUUGGAACGGAUAAUACGGAUGAAAUAAUAAAUUGUUACAGUUUAGCUGCGAAUAAAUAUAAACUCUCUCACAAAUGGAAAGAGGCAAGCUCUUGUAUUUUAAAAAAUGCGUUAUUACAUAAAAACAAUAACGAGACCAGCUAUUGCGCCAAUGCAUAUUUGGAAGCAGGGAACAUAGCCAAAAAAUACGAUAAAAUGGAGGCCGUGAAAUAUAUCGAAGAAGCCGUUAAUAUGUACGCAGCUAUUGGCCGGUUUUCCAACUGCGGAAAAUGCGAGAAAAAUAUUGCAGAGAUAUACGAAGACUUAUAUGAUUAUAAUAACGCAUUGGAAUAUUACAAAAAAGCGGCUUAUUAUUUUGAAAUGGACGAGUAUUCAAAGUCAAUAUAUACCCAGUGCAUUGUGAAAUAUGCCGAGUUAAAUUCGCAGUAUAAUUACGAAUAUGAGGAAGCCAUAUCAAUAUUCGAAAAGGAAGCGGAAAAGGCCCUGAAAAGUACACUGUUGCAGUAUGGCGCUAGGGAUUACUACAUAAAAGCAGGAAUUUUACAUAUUGUCACUGGAGAUUUAGUUAAUGCAAAAAUUUCCAUAGAUAAAUAUUGUAUGAACGAUCCGCGUUUUUUAAAUUCGAGAGAAAAGAAAUUUUUGGAUAAUAUUAUGGAAGCAGUUACAGAACAGAAUAUAGAAGAUUUUGAAGAAAUUGUUCAUGAAUAUGAUCGAAUAACCAAAUUGGAUAACUGGAAAAUUCAUUUUCUUUAUAAAAUAAAAGCAAAGUUAAGUGUUGAACCGAAUGUUGAAUUAACAGCAGAUGGUGUCGUAGAUUUAACUUAA